AUGCCUGAGGCCAAGAGCAGCCACGCGGAGACACAGGGAGGGGGCAGCCUGGAGACGGUGGCGCUGACUCAAAUUAAGCACAGCUAUCCACAUAUCAAGGUUUCUGGAAGGAAAGAAGAUGUGAAGGAAGCCAAGGAAAUGAUCAUGUCUGUCUUAGACACAAAAAGCAAUCGGGUCACGUUGAAGAUGGAUGUCUCACAUACAGAGCACUCACAUGUGAUCGGCAAAGGUGGUAACAAUAUUAAAAAAGUGAUGGAAGAAACAGGAUGCCACAUCCACUUUCCAGAUUCCAACAGGAAUAACCAAGCAGAAAAAAGCAACCAGGUGUCUAUAGCAGGACAACCAGCAGGUGUAGAAUCUGCCCGAGUUAGAAUUCGGGAGCUGCUUCCUUUGGUGCUGAUGUUUGAGUUACCAAUUGCUGGAAUUCUUCAACCAGUUCCUGAUCCUAAUUCCCCCUCUAUUCAGCACAUAUCACAAACGUACAACAUUUCAGUAUCAUUUAAACAGCGUUCCCGAGUGUAUGGUGCUACUGUCAUAGUACGAGGGUCUCAGAAUAACACUAGUGCUGUGAAGGAAGGAACUGCCAUGCUGUUGGAACACCUUGCUGGGAGUGUGGCCUCAGCUAUUCCUGUGAGCACGCAGCUAGACAUUGCUGCUCAGCAUCAUCUCUUCAUGAUGGGUCGCAACGGGAGCAACAUCAAACACAUCAUGCAGAGGACGGGUGCUCAGAUCCACUUUCCCGACCCCAGUAACCCACAGAAGAAAUCCACCGUCUACCUCCAGGGCACCAUUGAGUCUGUCUGUCUUGCAAGGCAAUAUCUCAUGGGCUGUCUUCCUCUUGUGUUGAUGUUUGAUAUGAAGGAAGAAAUUGAAGUAGAUACACAAUUCAUUGCUCAGUUGAUGGAACAGCUUGAUGUCUUCAUCAGUAUUAAACCAAAGCCAAAACAGCCAAGCAAGUCUGUGAUUGUGAAAAGUGUUGAGCGAAAUGCCUUAAAUAUGUAUGAAGCAAGGAAAUGUCUCCUCGGACUUGAAAGCAGUGGGGUUACCAUAGCAACCAGUCUAUCCCCAGCAUCCUGCCCUGCCGGCCUGGCAUGUCCCAGCCUGGAUAUCUUAGCUUCGGCAGGCCUCGGACUCACUGGACUAGGUCUUUUGGGGCCCACCACCUUAUCACUAAACACUUCCACAACCCCAAACUCACUCCUGAACGCUCUCAAUAGCUCAGCCAGCCCUCUGCAAAGUCCAAGUUCUGGCACCCCGAGCCCCACAUUAUGGGCACCCCCACUUGCUAGUACUUCAAGUGCCACAGGUUUCUCUGCUAUACCACACCUUAUGAUUCCAUCUACUGCCCAGGCCACGCUAACCAAUAUUUUGUUGUCUGGAGUGCCCACCUAUGGGCAUACAGCUCCAUCUCCUCCUCCUGGCUUGACUCCUGUUGAUGUUCAUAUCAACAGUAUGCAGACAGAAGGCAAAAAAAUCUCUGCUGCUUUAAAUGGAUGUGCACAGUCUCCAAAUAUAAAAUAUGGUGCAAUAUCCACUUCAUCACUUGGAGAAAAAGUGCUGAGUACAAAUCAUGGUGAUCCAUCCAUCCAGACAACUGGGUCUGAGCAGACUUCUCCAAAGUCAAACUCUGCAGAAGGUUGUAAUGAUGCCUUUGUCGAAGUAGGCAUGCCCCGAAGUCCUUCCCACUCUGGGAAUGCUGGUGACUUGAAACAGAUGUUGGGUCCCUCCAAGGUUUCCUGUGCCAAGAGGCAGACAAUAGAGCUACUGCAAGGCACAAAAAACUCACACUUACACAGCACUGACAGGUUGCUCUCAGACCCUGAGCUGAGUGCUUCAGAAAGCCCCUUGGCUGACAAGAAGGCUCCUGGGAGUGAGCGUGCUGCAGAGAGAGCAGCAGCUGCCCAGCACAACUCUGAGAGGGCCCGCCUUGCUCCAAGGCCACCAUAUGUCAACAUGCAGGCAUUUGACUAUGAACAAAAGAAGCUAUUGGCAACCAAAGCUAUGUUAAAGAAACCAGUGGUGACCGAGGUCAGAACACCUACAAAUACAUGGAGUGGCCUGGGAUUUUCGAAAUCCAUGCCAGCUGAAACAAUCAAGGAGCUGAGAAGGGCCAAUCAUGUGUCCUAUAAACCCACAAUGACAACCACUUAUGAGGGCUCAUCAAUGUCCCUUUCACGGUCCAACAGUCGUGAGCACUUGGGAAGUGGAAGUGAAUCUGACAACUGGAGAGACCGAAAUGGAAUAGGACCCACAAGUCAUAGUGAAUUUGCAGCCUCUCUUGGCAGCCCCAAGCGCAAACAAAACAAAUCAACGGAGCACUAUCUCAGCAGCAGCAAUUACAUGGACUGCAUUUCCUCACUGACAGGAAGCAAUGGCUGUAACCUGAACAGCUCUUUCAAAGGCUCUGACCUCCCUGAACUUUUCAGCAAACUGGGCCUGGGUAAAUACACAGAUGUCUUCCAGCAACAAGAGGUCAGUCAUUAUGUAUUUUCCUGGGUAGCUUUGUGCAUGGUGACCUCUAGAAGGAAAUCACUCAUUGACCUAUGACUGUACUUUCACUAAGCAUUUAUUCAAUUCUCAAAGCUUGUUCUUGCUGCUAAGAAAAAUGUCAUCUCAUUUCUUAUUUGUUUGGUACAGCUAGUAAACACAGGAAAGCGGAAAUAGAGAAAAUUGUUUGCAAAAAUGCACCAGAGCCAUCAUCUUUCACCAGUUUUAGCUGAAAGGCCUAGCUGGUAUAUUGAGUCACGUGAACUUGUGGAUUUACAGUUCUCCCAAUGUCAGUGUCAAGUCUGGAGAUAGCAAGAUUUCAUUCUUGCGUCCAUUGUUACUAUCUUUGUGGCACUUAGAAGUAAAUAGUAAUAGUCGAAAUAAAUAUCUGUGCCUGUGUUUGGCCCAUCCUAGUUACACUACUAAAGUCCAUUCUCACAGAAUAUAAUCUUUUAACAGAUUCAUUCAUAUAUUUAUGUUUCGGUUUUGCUGAACUGAAACAGCAUUGAGAUGUCUUCUGAACCAUCACUACCAUGGAUUUUCAUCCAGCGGAUUAGCCAUGGCCUGUUACAUAUUGGCAAGCAGAAAAAAAACCCUGAGCAGAAUUCCUUCCAAUAGUACUAUCACCUAACUAGCACACAG